AUGCCUCCACCAAAACCUCCACCUCCUCCACCACCAAUGCCUCCACCAAAACCUCCUCCUCCACCACCACCAAAACCUCCCCCGAACCCUCCGCCGGUGCCACCGCCUAUUCCUUUCCCAAUGCCUCCACCAAACCCACCGCCGCCACCAAUACCUCCCCCCGAACCACCACCCCCACCUUUGCCAACACCUCCACCAACUCCUCCACCAGCACCGCCACCUACUCCCCCGCCAGCACCCGCACCGCCACCUAUUCCUCCACCACCACCCACUCCUUUGCCAAUGCCGCCUCCAAUCCCUCCACCACCACCAAUUCCACCACCGGAACCUCCACCGACUCCUCCACCACCACCAAGUCCUUUGCCAAUGCCUCCUCCAACCCCCCCACCAGCACCACCACCGACUCCUCCACCGCCACCUAUUCCACCAUUUUUUUUUCCCCCACCGCCCCCCCCCCCGCUCCCUACUCCACCGGCACCUCCACCAGCACCACCUCCUUUGCCAAUGCCUCCUCCAACCCCUCCACCAGCACCACCACCGACUCCUCCACCGCUACCUAUUCCACCAGCACCACCGGCACCUCCACCAGCACCACCUCCUUUGCCAAUGCCUCCUCCAACCCCUCCACCAGCACCACCACCGACUCCUCCACCGCUACCUAUUCCACCAGCACCACCUCCUUUGCCAAUGCCGCCUCCAAUCCCUCCACCAGCACCACCACCGGUUCCUCUACCGACUCCUCCACCGCCACCUCCUCCUUUGCCAAUGCCUCCACCAGCACCACCACCGGCUCCUCUACCAACUCCUCCACCGCCACCUAUUCCACCAGCAGCACCUCCACCUCCACCGCCGCCUUUGCCAAUGCCUCCUCCAAGUCCUCCUCCACCCCCACCCCCACCAAUCCCUCCCCCGGAACCUCCCACUCCUUUGCCAAUACCACCACCUUUAUGA